CCCUGCCCUGCCCUGCCCCUCGGCGAUCUCAAGAGCCCCCGCCCGCCCCGCCUCUCUUCCUCAGCCCCCCACCUCUUCGAUACCCCCGAUAAAACCCCGCCCCCGUAUCCACCUGGCCAUCCCCCUCCCUCCCUCCCUCCUCGUUUCCUCCAAGACAAGCAACCAAGCAAGCAAGGCAAGCCGCGCGCCCACGCCCGCGCCCGUGACCGACUGAGGGAAGUACGGCUCCGACCCCAUGGCGCUCUCCUGCAUGAGGUGCCCCGCGGGCGCCACCGGCUCCGCCCGACGCGCGCCGUUUGCCACGGCGGCGGCCGCGGUCUCCUUCGCCAGAUGCGGCGGCCUCGGGAGGUCCGCCUCCGCCGCCGCUGCCGCGUGUUGGCGCAUCCACGCCGUCGCCCCGCAGGGAGCGAAAGCUCCCAUGACUGCUGAUGUGAAGCAUGUUGUCACACCUCCUGCCUCACCAAAGGUGGAAAAUGGCUCUCCGUCGGAAAUCACUCUGGAUGAAUUUGAAGACUUGAGUGCUCUAUGCAAGAAUGGCAAUGACGAUUCUACUGUUAGCAUCACUGUAGUUGGAGCAUCUGGUGACCUUGCCAAGAAGAAGAUAUUUCCUGCCCUUUUUGCUCUCUACUAUGAAGAUUGCCUUCCCAAGCAUUUCACCAUCUUUGGCUACGCACGGAGCAAGAUGACAGAUGCUGAACUGAGGAACAUGGUUAGCAAAACACUGACUUGCAGAAUUGAUAAAAGGGAAAACUGCAGUGAGAAAAUGGAAGAGUUCCUCAAAAGAUGCUUCUAUCAUUCAGGCCAAUAUGAUUCAGAAGAACAUUUCCUAGAUCUAGACAAGAAGCUAAAGCAACAUGAGGGUCCCAGAGUUUCUAACCGCCUUUUCUACUUGUCAAUACCUCCUAAUAUAUUCUUGGAUGUUGUAAAAUGUGCAAGCAAAUCAGCAUCUUCGGUGAAUGGUUGGACAAGAGUAAUUGUUGAGAAGCCCUUCGGUCGAGACUCCGAAUCCUCUGCUGCGUUAACAAGAGGUCUAAAGCAGUACCUUGUAGAGGACCAAAUUUUCAGGAUUGACCAUUACUUAGGAAAAGAACUGGUGGAGAAUUUGUCUGUCCUUCGCUUCUCGAAUCUCGUUUUUGAGCCGCUCUGGUCAAGACAAUAUAUAAGAAAUGUGCAACUUAUAUUCUCAGAAGACUUCGGUACUGAAGGACGUGGAGGAUACUUUGAUGGCUACGGUAUUAUUCGAGACAUAAUGCAGAAUCAUCUCCUUCAGAUACUAGCCUUAUUUGCAAUGGAAACUCCUAUCAGUUUGGAAGCAGAGGAUAUAAGAAAUGAGAAGGUUAAAGUUCUUCGUUCCAUGAAGCCAUUGCAGCUGGAAGAUGUGGUCGUAGGACAGUAUAAAAGCCACACAAAAGGUGGUACUACAUACCCUGGGUAUACUGAUGAUAAGACAGUGCCCAAGGAUAGUGUGACUCCAACUUUUGCUGCUGCGGCACUUUUCAUAAAUAAUGCCAGAUGGGAUGGAGUUCCGUUUCUUAUGAAAGCUGGGAAAGCUUUACACACAAAACGAGCUGAGAUUAGGGUACAGUUCCGACAUGUUCCUGGAAAUCUCUACAAGGGGAGUUUUGGCACAGAUCUUGAUAGGGCCACUAAUGAGCUUGUGAUACGUGUUCAACCGGAUGAAGCUAUUUACCUAAAGAUUAACAACAAGAUUCCUGGUCUCGGUAUGCGACUGGAUAGGAGUAACUUGAAUCUCCAUUAUGCAGCAAGGUACUCAAAGGAGAUACCGGAUGCUUAUGAGAGACUCUUGCUUGAUGCCAUCGAAGGUGAGCGCAGGCUUUUCAUCCGCUCGGAUGAGUUGGACGCUGCAUGGUCACUCUUCACACCCCUCCUGAAGGAGUUGGAAGAGAAGCGGAUAGCUCCUGAGCUCUACCCUUAUGGAAGCCGUGGACCUGUCGGCGCUCACUAUCUUGCCGCGAAGUACAAUGUAAGAUGGGGCGACUUGAGUGCAGAGCACUACAAGGCAUGAAACGAAGAUGGCUAUAUCUUUGUAAUGUUCUUGGUUUUCCAUUUCUGUAAGUUUGCACGCCCUGGUAGUGGGAUAGAUGCAAGAGAAAAAGAAGAUAAGAAUAAGGCGGGCAGUUAACUAGGUUGGAAGGCAUAAUUACAGCUGUCAAAAAUAUCUUUUCCUCAGAAGGACGAACUGAAGAUCUGCCAAGUUGAUCUCAUUUUGUGAAGUGAUCAUUGAUGGAGUUGGGCCGUCAAGCUUGUCAUGCUGGCGCCAUUUUUCUCUACCUGAUGAGUGCAAGAAACGGUCGACAUAUUUCUGCAUGGCUGGUGCCAUUGCCAUUUGUUAGCUACUUCACAUGUUUAGACGUUUAGUUUAGCAAGUCGGUGAGCUUUGGCUUGAACUAGUAAAAAUUUGUACUAAACUAAACCGUUUUGACAAGGAUUUGCAUUGAAGUUAGAAACCAAUA